UCCACCGACAACUUAAUACAAAGUAUUAUAAAAAAAAUGAAAAUGGCAUUCAAUUUCAUCAUCACCGUCCAUCUCAAAUCAGGUUGCACAACUCCCACCAUCAUCACUGUUCAAUUUCCACUAUAGGACUCCGCAACACAUGCAAUUCUUUCUCUUCCAUCCUCCAAAAUUAGUUGUUCUUCUUUCCAGCUAACCCAGAAGUAACGUAGAUUUUCUCUCUGCGUUCAAAUCUCCUUCAACGAGAGACGACUUCCUGUCAUCUUCUCUUAACGCGCCACCGGAAUGGCUGCUCCAACGAUCCCGAUUUCAAAUCCCCAGUCCCAAUCACAAUCCCAACCUCCAAUCGCCACUCCUGCCUUUCGUGCAUUCAUCUCACGCCUCUCAUCCUCGAUCCGCCAUGGCUUAUCCCAGUGCCGCCCUUGGUCAGAACUCAUUGACCGGAACUCCAUGGCCCGACCGGAUUCCCUUUCCGAAGCUGCCUCCCGGAUCCGGAAAAAUCUAUCUUACUUUAAAGUCAAUUACGUUACCUUACUCGCAAUUGUACUCGCUUUCUCCCUCUUGUCUAAUCCUUUCUCUCUCUUCGUCCUCCUCUGCCUCCUCGCCGCUUGGAUGUUUCUAUACCUCUUUCGACCGUUGGAUCAGCCUCUUGUUGUUUUUGGUAGAACCUUCUCUGAUCGUGAAACCCUAGGUGUGUUGGUGGUGUUGACGAUUGUGGUGGUGUUUUUGACCAGCGUUGGCUCGCUUCUGAUCUCCGCUUUGAUGGUUGGAUUGGCCAUCGUGUGUGCUCACGGUGCGUUUAGGGUGCCUGAGGAUCUGUUCCUGGACGAUUCAGAGCCUGCAAACGUUGGAUUCCUCUCUUUCCUCGGUGGUGCCGCCUCCUCAGCUGCCGCCGCGGCAGCUCCCGCCGUUGCAUCCCGUGUAUGAGGUAGUCUCCGCCACCUGUACGACCUUCCUCUUUGACUAGUAUAUUUCUUCUAAGGCUGAAGAUUCUUUUUUUUUUUUUGUCUGAUUUGAAAAGCAAUUGGAUUGCAGUUUUGUAGAUUAUUCUAUGAGUUGAUGUAAUCCUAGAUCUGAUUAAUUGAUUUUCACCUGUGAUUUCGACCAUGAUUAUCUUGUAAUUGCUUUCGUCAACAAUAUACAAGAUGUUGAUUGGUCAAGAUAUUGCCCUUAUUUGACUAUAGUUUAUUAGGAUUUGAUUUUUUGUGUCUAGCGCUUAAGAAGGCCAUCCUAUAUAGGAUAAUUUGUUGCUAGGUUAGUGCAAGAGACAAUGCGAGCACAGAGUUUGAGCUUCAAAAUUUUGGUUAUAAUAUGGUAAUUUUGGUUGUUUA